AGCGAUAGACGCAGCAGAUAAACCAGUCGAGGCGACAAUCGCUCGUUUAGUUAUUAAUGCAACUUGAUUAAAUUCGCAAUGCAGAGUGAAAUCGGAAUGCAGCUGAAAAUGGCAAAAGAAAAGGCUAAUGGGAUCAAUGAUCUCCAACGAGAGCGAGAGUUGGCGACAUUUUCUAGCGAGGACUUUGCCGUUUGGUGGGCGGGGAGCAGAGCUGCUUUAGAGGAGCGGCGUGCCUUGGAGCGUCACUUUUUCGAAGAUGCAGAAUUUGAGGAUGCAGUGCAUCCGAGUUUCAUGUCAUACAAGGAAGGCUAUGAGCACGCAUUGGCCAAAGGCACCAAGUUUCUGGUCAAAUUGCGUCAAUGGCAGACCACAAGAAGUGCUCAACGGGAUAAGGAUAUGAAAGUAGAAACUAAGGACAGUAUGGAUCUAAAGUUAUUAUACGAUUUGCGCAUGCUGAUGUCGGGAUCGUUGGGCACAGCGCUGUUCCAGCAGAGCUUUCCGCUGCGCCUGCACUUCUCCAUGUUCCUGAGCACACUGCUCAAUCAGGGCACGCCGGAGCAGCAGGAGCGUUGGCUUAAACGUGCCUGGCAACUGGACGGCAUCAUUGGCACCUAUGCCCAAACGGAACUCGGCCAUGGCAGCUACAUACGCGGCCUGGAGACACGUGCCGACUACGAUCCGGAGUGCCAACAAUUUGUGCUCAACACGCCCACAUUAACCGCCUACAAGUGGUGGCCCGGCGGCUUGGGUCACACGGCCAAUAUGGUGGUGGUGCUGGCCCAGCUCUACAUACGGGGCACGCAUCAUGGCCUGCAACCGUUCCUGGUGCGCAUACGGGAUGAGCAGACGCACGAACCGAUGCCGGGCAUCGAUGUGGGCGACAUUGGCGCCAAGCUGGGUGCCAACGGUGUCAAUAAUGGUUUCCUUGGAUUUCGCAAUGUGCGCAUCCCCAGAGAUCAGAUGCUCAUGAAGAACGCCCAGGUGCUGGCCGAUGGCACCUUUGUCAAAGCGUCACAACCCUUGCUCCUCUACGGCACAAUGGUUUUCGUGCGCGUCAUGAUUGUCCGGGAUGUGAUGUUUGGGCUGCUUCAAGCAGCCACCAUUGCCACACGCUAUUCGGCCGUGCGUCGCCAGAGUCCCAUUGAACCACAUUUGGCUGAGCCACAAAUUCUGGACCAUGUGACGCAGCAGGCGAAGGUGCUGCCACAAGUGGCACGUGGCGUCUGCUAUCGUCUGGCGGCAGAUGUGCUGUGGACGCACUAUCAGCGUGUCAUGGAUCAGCUGGCGCGCAAGGAGACGGAGGCAGCUGGAGCACGUGAGCUGCCGGAGUUGCAUGCGCUGAGUUGUUGCCUCAAGUCUGUCUGCACGCUGGAUGCCGCCGAGGGCGUCGAUAUACUGCGCAAAUCCUGUGGUGGUCACGGCUAUCUGUCGUCGGCCAACUUUGACAGCAUCCAGGGAUUGGUCAAUGCCGCCGUAACCUACGAGGGCGAGUACACGGUGUUGUUGCUGCAGACGGCACGCUUCCUAGUGCGUCAGUACGCGGAUGGUCUGAGGCGCAAGGUGCUCCCAGCCAGUGUCGAAUAUUUGCGCAAUGUGUCGCCUCUGAAUUGGGGUCCCAAUCUGCACGAGAAUGUGGCGCGUGCGCUGGAGAUAAGCAGCACAGAGCAGGUGCGCGAAGCUUGGCAAUUGCAGCAGGAUCAACGUAAGAUUGGCGGGACAACGGAGGAGCAGGCAACCAAUCGGGCUGGACGAAGAUUAGCAGCAGCGGCAUCGCUGCAUGGCCACGCCUACCUGGCGCGCAACUCCCUCAAGGCACAGCAAAUGGGAAUGGGAGGCGUUAAGCCAGAGCUUGGCAAGCUGCUGCAACAGCUAAUUGAACUGUUUGUCCUGGACACGUUCCUGCGUCAACUGGGCGCCGUCUUGAAAUGGAACAGCAUCAACAAGCAUCAGUUGCAACAGGUGGAGACACGCUACGAGCAGCUGCUAGAGCAACUGCGUCCCAAUGCGAUUGCCAUCGUGGAUGGUUUCGAUUUCCAUGAUCGUGUGCUCGGCUCAACGCUGGGAUGUCACGACGGACGCGUCUACGAGCGUCUGAUGGAACAUGCACGUGGCAAUCCCUUGAACCAGCAGUCGGUCAAUCCCAGCUAUCAGACACAUCUGCGUCCUUUAAUGCUGGGCAAGCUUUGAGUGUCCAUUUGUGAAUUGGUUUUAUUUGUGUGGAACAAGGCGAUUACAUGAUUACAUUAAGCUAUUAAAGUAGUUCAGCGUUAGACAGCCAAUAAAGCGUCAACAAACAAUCAU